CAUUUUCGGCCACUAGAGAUGACGGGCACAAUCCAAGCAUGAGGCCAUGAUCACUUCGGCUUGAUUGAUCCUCCGAAUGCGGUAACUGAACUCUCCGUCUUGGCUUCCCUAAUGUCGCAUUCGUCUUCGAUGCUACUGCCUGUCUCGGAUUUUGGGGUUAACACGUGAAGAAAGCCGGUGUUCAAAGCAGCCCUCGCCAGCUAUUUAACACUCAACAUCAACAUAUCAAUUCAUCUCAGGCAUUGAUAUUCCAAGCUACACUACGACACCGGACUCACCCACUCACCUCACCACCUGAAGUCAAACCGCGAACGCCUUCACAACCAUCACCAUGGCCUCAACCCUCCUUAUCGGCAGCACCGGCCUGGUCGGCUCCUACAUCCUCUCGACGCUGCUGGCCGACAGCUCCGUCACCGCCGUGCACACGGUCUCGCGGCGGGCGCCCAAGUCAGCCGGCCCGACACUGCACGCCACGGUCGAGGCCGACACGACGCAGUGGGCCGCCAAGCUCGCCAGCAUCAAGCCCACGCCCUCAACCGUCUACUCAUCGCUCGGCACCACCCGCGCCCAGGCCGGCGGCAUCGCCAACCAGUGGAAGAUCGACCACGACCUGAACGUGGAGCUGGCGCAGACGGCCAAAGCCGCCGGCGUGCGCCACUUUGUCUUCGUCUCGAGCGCUGGGACCAGGGGAUUGCUGAGCAGCUCGGUGCCGUACAGCAAGAUGAAGCGGGGCGUGGAGGAUACGAUUCAGCGGCUUGGGUUUGAGACGGCCAUCAUCCUGCGGCCGGGGCUGAUCGUGGGCGAGCGGGAGGUGCCGCACCAGGGCGCGGGCGUCAUGAUUGGGGCGUGGAAGGGGCUGGGGAAGAUACUUGGACAGGGAAUUCAGGAUUUGUUUGGGCAAGAAGCUGAGGUUAUCGCGCGGGCCGCGGUGCACGCAGCGAAGAUUGCUGAGGAGGGGAAGGCGCCGUCCAAGCAUUGGGUGCUGGAGCAGAGCGAUAUUGUAAGGCUUGGGCGGACGGAGUGGAAGAGCUAAUCGUGUUUGAACGGGCAGGAUGGUGGGACGGGCAGGCACUUGUAAGACGGACUCGGAGCUGGAUUGAUGAGGGCUCUUGGAAGUCAAUGCUGUGUGACUGACAGACUGGUCUCGAGGAUACGAAACCUGGAAUAUCUGUAUGUUAUAAAGACGAUGUGCUGCGUGCAGUUGCACCGAGUCAGUAUUACCUAGUUAAAAUUAGUUGUACGUGUAAUACCGGACAUUUCGACCUGCCGGGCUAUUCCGAAGGCCGAGUCCAUCCUUCACAGAUAAUAUAAAUGAGGCUCAGUUU